UGCUCUCCGUCUUCCCCCCUCCCAGGCCGCCUCACCCGGUUCCUCCCCGUCCACCAGCUCGCACCGCAUCCGCCACGACGACAGUGCCGCAAGAGAAUGAGUCUGAUCAUGGAUGCGAUCUCGCUGUCUCUCGAUCUCAAGCUCUUCAUCGUUCUGGAUGUGCUGCUGGUGCGCAAGUUCCAUGCUCCCGACGGAACUGGCCAGCCCGUGCGAGGCUAUCUCGCCAGCAAACUUGGGCUCCGGGACGAGGAAAUGGCCCUGCGCGUCGCCAACGACAACCUCCAGAGCAUCCUCGCCAGCACCGCAUUCGAGCAGUGUCUCCGCACACCUGAGAGUUUUGAUCCGGUGCUGGUCUCGCGGGCACACAUACUCAAGUUGGCGAUGCUCUUGAGAGAGCUGCUCGAAGACAAGCCCCACGACAACAGCGGCGCUGUCUGGACCGAGGCCUACAAUAUCUUUGUCUCGCACAAGCACAUCCCGAACAUAGAGCGGGAUGAUCCGGAAUACUAUGCCCUCCUGACUCACUUCAAAUAUCAGGUUUAUCGCCGUCUGAAGCAAUCCGAGCCCGACAAGGACCUGCUCGAUCGGAUCUUUCCUUUCAACGACAUCUCCAGCUCUCAUCUCACCAUGCCCGCCCGCGACUUUUACGCCGUCAGCAACAACGUCCGCGAUCUGAUCCUAUCCGGAGAAUACACCGUUGAUCAAGCCGCUGCCGUUGUGUCGUUCUUUGACCUGAUAUUCUCCUUUCUGGCCCUGACUUGCGGCGAGAUGGAACUCCCUUUGCUGCUGCAGCAGCGAGAAUCAAGCCACACAGCCAGAUCGCAGCCACCGGCGGUGCCCGAACGAGCAGCAUUUGCUCACCGCGAUUCGCCCAGGAUCGAUAACGCCCCAGUCGAGGUCAACGAGUAUGACGAUUCGGACAACGAGUACUAUGAAAAGUCGGCUCUGUUCUUUGCCUUGGAUCGUGAGCGAGCAGGGCAAUCACCCCAGCAACAGCAGCAGCAACAGCAGCAGCAACAGUCACAGCCGCAACGGCAGAAGCCAAUGCAGCAACGACCGGACUCUGGCGGGGAGGAGGUGCACACCCCGCAGCGCAGAUCCAUGGCCCGACGCUCGCACACCAGCCCGCCAAAGUCUCCACAUGGCCAACAUCACCCUCACCGGCCGCUGCUGAUCGACUCACAGUCCGAGAACGAGUCAGACCACAGCUACAACGAUCCUAUCAGCGACAGCGAAGCGCCGCCCUCUGACGACGAAAAGUAUGCCGUGAGCCCCUUCCCGCUUCAUCCCAAGUUCACCCCACUGGUUGCUACCAAUAGCCCACGCGAGGAUCGCAAAGCCAGCCCUUCAAGCCGACAGAUCGUCCGACGCCGCAAGUCGCGCCCGUGGACCCAGCAAGAGGUGCAGGCACUCGAGGAUGGGAUCAGGAUUCACGGAACCUCGUGGCGCAAGAUCCUGGAGAUGCACGGCAAGGAAGGGACCCAGAUCCUGGCGGACCGCAGCCAAGUCAAUCUGAAAGACCGAGCCCGGACUGAGAAGCGGCUGCGGCUCAAGAACAACCAGCCGCUUGGCCCGUUCGAGAUUAUCCAGUGCUAGAUCCGAGUCCUGCCCUUGUCGCUGAUGCAAAGAGGGCCGUUUGCAUCAUGGCACACCAAAACACCAUGCUGCGCUGCUGCUUAUUUGCUCGUCAGAUCUGUAUAUCUCGUAUCGGCAGGGCGGGAACAAUGUACAAAUCCGUGUUGCCGAAACUAUCCAAGCGUGUCGGAGACAGAGCAGGACUUUGACCCCCCUUCGACAACUGGCGGGGAGGUUUGAGUCUUGUGAAAUGGUGGUUGCGGGUGACAAGUACACGGGUGCAUUUACAAUCUACAAUCCAGACAACAACGCCGUCGCUG